GUGAAAAACACUUUUCAUCUUCAGAAGGAGAGACGCAGAUGAGGGUUUCUCACCGUGAGGACUCCUGACUUCAGUGAGAGAGUGUACCUGUGGGAGAGACGGACAGCUGAUAGAAGCGAGGACACGUUGAGGGCCCUAACAGCCAAGGCUAAAGUCUUAUAAGAGGCCUGGUGGAUGGAAGUGAAUGUCAAAUGAGGAAGAGGAGCACAUGCAGGUCAUUUAUGAACUCAGGUAACGGGUGUGCCCUUACCUGGCAUUGGACACAUGUUCCUGUCUGUCACAGGCAGACUUGUUGCAGUAGGAUGCUUCUGCAGAGGUCAGGUAUGGAUACCCUUCCCAUAGUGUACAGCAUACACCCCAAUGAUAAUAAACAGAUUUUAAAAAUCAUUGAUAUGGUGAAAUUUUCUUGAAGUAAGGAGAUUUAUGUAACAUUUAUGGAAGCAGCUUCCAGUGUCAGUACUUUGUAACAGUCAGAGGUAAAGAGAUAAAUCUUCAGGACCGAGGAGUUUAAGAGAGAGAGUAAAGAGAGGGCUGGUGAGGGAACUACCGUUUACAGCUGCUAUAACUAGUUGCUAUAAGUGACAACAGGAACUAAUGAUGUGUUGUUUUUAAUGUAUUUUUUUUUAUUGUUGUUAAGUUGCUGUGGUGUAAGAGGAAUAAAAUACUUGGGCACAUGCUGUUAUAGGAAAAUAAUCAGUGUUCAGGGUGGUAACAGUAACCUAACUCCACUUCAUUACUCUGUUCUGGAUUAUUUUCCAAUAACAGCGCGUGAGGUGGGGGUGGGUCACAAAAUACACAAAACAACAUUAUUAAUCUCUGAAAACAGAUUUGGGGUGUGUGUGUGUGUGUGUGUGUGUGUGUGUGUGUGUGUGUGCUGGGGGGGAGUUACUAAACAUGAAUACAUCUGUCUGUCUGAUUACAGUACCUGACUGAAAGAAAGAACAGGAUUAAGAAGGGGGGUCGGCGGGGCGGGGGGAUUAAACAGUGCAAUUGGUGAUGAAUCAGAUUAUAUGAAUAUUCAUAACAAAUCUUGUUUAUACAUUUCAUUUGUUGUUGUUGUUGUUGUUGUUGUUUUUUAUAUGAUCUUUAUUGUUUGAUGACGUUUGGUUGUUUCCUUGCCUAUCAGCUUCUUCUCUGUAAUGAUGCUGUUCUCUGAUGUGAGGAGAACCCCGGUUCCCUGCCGGUUCUUAAAGCGCGCACUCCUUCAUCUCUCUCCGUGAUCUGCCGCCAGACCACGCGCUUCCCCUUUAAAAGAAAAGGAUUUCCCCCUCCUCUCGUCUCCUCUCCUCUCCCACUCUCAGGCUCAGUCGCGCGCUCUGCUUCCUAUUGUUCCGAGUGUCAGAGCCGGAUUUCCAUUAAUUAAUCACCGUAACCGUUACUGGCUGAUAGACAGACAUACACCUACAGACAGACAGACAGACAUCCCGCACGCGCAGCACUGGGGCUCAUCAGAGGAUGCUCCUAUCGCGGCUUCAUCCCAAAUGACUCACGGCGAACACACGGCGCACCACGCAUUGUGCAGGAGCCGCUAUUCCGUGUUCCCUAUGUAGUGCACUUGUGUAGGGAUCAGGGAGCGGUUUCGGGUUAACACUGAGGACAGGAACCGGGGCACGCAGACACACCGGUGAGGACACGACACAAUCCCCUUAACUAACACAUAUAGUCUUUACUUAUCUCCUAACACUGCAUUAACAUUCAGUACUGUAAGUGUUCAUCAGUAGCCUAAUUGUGUUACUUAGUAGCCAGUAUGGUGUUACUUAAACUGCUGCUUUGGCUUCAGCAUUUUAAGUGUUAAUUAAUCAGUGUAGGUUGUAAUGGUUGGUGUUAAUUCAGCUCUGUAGAUAAUUCUGUAUAUGUUAGUCAAACACUACAGGUGUUAAUUCAGCCUUGGUGUUAAUGCCUGUACACAUGUAACUCAUAAUCACUACAGGUAACACUACAGGUGCAACACUAAUUCAGCUCUGUGUGUGUUCACUCAACACUGAUCUAACUCCAAGAGUGAGGUAAAUGUUGUGGUAAGAGAGGAUGAAGGUGAUGAUUAUGAUGAUAAUGAAGGUGAUGACCGUACCGAUGAAGAUGAUGAUGAUGAUGAUGAUGAUGGUGAUGAUGAUGAUACUCUGGUGUUGUUUUACUCGGUUGUUAAGUGCGAAAGUAAAUCAGUUUUUUCUCUUCGUGCUCACAUGAUGUCUCUGAAGAUGAUUAUUGUGUGUGUGUGGAACAGCCACAAUCCAGCCUUCUGUUUAACUCUGUGUUUAAUAAAUAAGCGUGACGAUAACUCUCUACACGCUCUGCCUUCCGGUGUAAACACAGUGUAAAAAUAACGUGUUUACUGUGUGUGUUCUUUGUGUUCUCUCGCAUGUCCUUAUUUUCUCACACACUCCUCUGAUUUUGUUUUGUAUAGUCUGUGCCUGCCGUCACAUGGACGCUGUCAGCUGCACACGGUUAAUAUACAGGUUAUAUACAGGUGUUCCAUUUGAUUACAAACUGAGUUUAAUGAUCAUUUAAUCAAGCUAUUGAAGAAAAACUAUUUCAGACACUUAACCUUGCUGUGACCUUGACCCUGUUUGGAUCUAAUACAAAUCUAAUCUAACUCCAGGUAAAUCCUACAAGCAUUAACCACUCGAGAAUCUCAGAAUGGAUGGACAUGAGGGUGUUCAUGUGACUCACAGUUACAGAUAGAGAUGAUCAGAGAUCUGACUCUGUGCAGCUCAUAAAGUUCUUAAACACAUAGAAUUUGAUGGAGUGACUGAAGGAUAUUCUCUGUUUCUUCCCCAGAGCGAGUGUGUGUGUGUGUGUAAGAGAGAAUGGCCCCAAGGCCAUCUUCAGGUGAGUUAUGGGGUCUACACCUGAUGCCCCCCCGUAUUUUGGUGGAUUGCUGUUUACCCAACGGGAUGCUCGUCAGUCUGGAGUGUUUACGUGAAGCUCCACUCAUCAGCAUCAAACAGCAGCUAUUCACAGAGGCCCGCAAAUACCCCCUCUACCACCUCCUGCAGGAGGAGUCUUGCUACAUAUUUGUGGGCGUGACCCAGGAGGCAGAGAGGGAGGAGUUUUAUGAUGAAACACGGCGACUGUGUGACCUUCGACUCUUCCAUCCUAUCCUAAAGGUCAUCGAACCUCUCGGCAACCGAGAAGAGAAGAUCCUCAACCGUGAGAUCGGCUUUGCUAUAGGCAUGCCAAUCUGUGAGUUUGAGCUGGUGAAGGACUCGGAGGUGCAGGACUUCAGGAGGAGCAUCCUGAGUGUGUGUAGGGAGGCGAUGGAGGAGCGUGAGGGAGGAGGACCACACACACACGCUCUGUACGUUUACCCUCCCAGUGUGGAGUCAUCACCACAACUACCACAGCACAUCUAUGCCAAACUCGACAAAGGGCGUUUGAUUGUGACGAUCUGGGUAGUGGUGUCUCCAUCUAAUGCCAAGCAGAAGUACACGCUGAAGAUCGCUCACGACUGCAUGCCGGAGCAGCUGAUCGCCGAGGCCAUCAGGAAGAAGACGCGCAGUAUGCACUUGUCAGCUCAGCAGCUCCGCCUGUGUGUGCAGGAGUAUCAGGGACAGUACAUCCUCAAGGUGUGCGGCUGUGACGAGUACCUGCUGGAGAAAUACCCGCUCAGCCAGUACAAGUAUAUCCGAAGUUGUAUUAUCGUGGGGAAGUUGCCACACCUCAUGUUGGUCAGUAAGGACAGUGUGUAUGAUCAGCUGCCGUGCAGUGGUUUCGUUACUCCGUCGUACAGCCGCCGCACGCCCCAGCCCAGCCCAAGUCCCGGAGGGGGUGACCCCGCUAACCCCCGUUCGCUCUGGACCUUCAAUGCUCACACUCCGCUCCGCAUCAGGCUCAUCUGCGCCACCUACGUCAAUGUCAACAUCCGGGACAUCGACAAGAUCUAUGUGAGGACUGGUAUAUAUCAUGGAGGGGAGCCUUUAUGUGACAAUGUCAACACACAGAGAGUUCCAUGUUCCAACCCCCGGUGGAACGAGUGGCUGAUGUACGAUAUUUCUCUGACUGAUCUCCCACGCUCCGCCCGUCUCUGCCUAUCCAUCUGCUCCGUCAAGGGUCGCAAGGGGGCUAAAGAGGAACAUUGUCCCCUGGCCUGGGGGAAUGUGAAUCUGUUUGAUUAUAAGGACACACUGGUCAGUGGUAAAGUGGCUCUGAGUCUCUGGCCUGUUCCACAUGGACUAGAGGAUCUGCUCAAUCCCAUCGGCGUGGCAGGAUCUAACCCCAACAAGGAGACGCCGUGUGUAGAGUUGGAGUUCCCCUCCUUUAAUCACACGGUGGUUUUUCCAGAUGAACAGCAGAUCGAGGAACAUGCCAACUGGAUCAUCUCCCGAGAGCUGGGAUACAACUACUCCUUGGGCCUGAGUAAUCGGUUGGUGUGUGACAGCUCCAUCUCUCAAGCGGAGGCUGAACAACUUCGCGCUCUCUGCAACCGAGACCCACUGUAUGAGCUCUCAGAGCAGGAGAAAGACUUUCUGUGGAGACAUCGACAUUAUUGUGUGAAUAUUCCAGAAAGUCUUCCCAAGCUGCUUCUCGCUGUCAAGUGGAAUUCACGGGAUGAAGUGUCACAGAUGUAUUGUCUGCUCCGUGAUUGGCCCCUCAUGCAGCCCGAGUCAGCUCUGGAGUUGUUGGACUGUAAUUUUCCUGAUCCGAUGGUGAGAGAGUUCGCUCUGCGCUGCCUCAUGCAGGGACUCACUGACGACAAGAUCAGCCAGUACCUCCUGCAGCUCGUCCAGGUACUAAAGUAUGAGAUGUAUCUGGAUAAUCCUCUGGCUCGGUUCCUCGUUAAGAAAGCUCUGACCAAUCAGAGGAUAGGACACUUCUUCUUCUGGCACUUGAAGUCGGAGAUGCACAAUAAGACAGUGUCUCGGCGGUUUGGUUUGCUGUUGGAGGCGUUCUGCAGGUCAUGUGGGAUUUACCUGAAACACCUGAACAGACAGGUGGAGGCCAUGGACAAGCUGGUGAACAUGACUGACACGCUGAAACACGAGAAGAAGGAUGAGACGCAGAAGACCCAGAUGAAGUUCCUGGUUGAACACAUGUCCCGCCCCGAUUACAUGGAGGCUCUGCAGGGAUUCGUCUCUCCUCUGAAUCCUGUACACCAACUGGGUAACCUUAGGUUGGAGGAGUGCAGGAUCAUGUCUUCAGCGAAGCGUCCUCUCUGGCUGAACUGGGAGAAUCCUGACAUCAUGAGUGAACUUCUCUUCACCAACAACGAGAUUAUCUUCAAAAACGGAGACGACCUGAGACAGGACAUGCUGACUCUCCAGAUCAUUAAGAUCAUGGAGAACAUCUGGCAGAAUCAGGGACUCGACCUGCGGAUGUUGCCGUACGGGUGUCUCUCUAUCGGGGACUGUGUGGGUCUGAUUGAAGUGGUGAGGAACUCCUUCACUAUAAUGCAGAUUCAGUGUAAAGGAGGCCUGAAGGGGGCGCUGCAGUUUAACAGCAACACACUGCACCACUGGAUCAGAGAGAAGAACAAGGGGGAGACUUACGACAGUGCGAUUGAUCUAUUCACUCGUUCGUGUGCUGGUUAUUGUGUAGCUACGUUUAUCCUCGGCAUUGGAGACAGACACAACAGUAACAUCAUGGUCAAAGAAAACGGACAGUUGUUCCAUAUAGACUUUGGACAUUUUCUCGACCAUAAGAAGAAGAAGUUUGGUUAUAAGCGUGAGCGCGUCCCCUUUGUCCUCACACAGGAUUUCCUCAUCGUCAUCAGCAAAGGAGUGCAGGAGUGUACCAAGACCAAGGAAUUUGAGAGGUUUCAGGAGAUGUGUUACAAAGCGUACCUGGCAAUCCGUCAGCACGCAGGUCUCUUCAUUAACCUGUUCUCGUUGUUGCUGGGCUGUGGAAUGCCCGAGCUGCAGAGCUUUGAUGACAUCGCCUACCUGAGGAAAACCCUGGCUCUGGAGAAGAGCCAGCAGGAGGCGCUGGAGUACUUCACCAAGCAGAUGAACGACGCCCACCAUGGCGGCUGGACCACCAAGAUGGACUGGAUCUUCCACACCAUCCGGCACAUGCCCAAUGAGCACUGACACAAACACACACUCACACACUCACACACACACACACACACUUUUCAGGACUGCUCUGGAGAUCUGUAGGACUGAUGAGGAACCAGUGAGGAAUCUCAGAACAUCUACACAUGAGGUAACCACAAAGACUCUUGGGAAACUUAGAUGAUAGUGGGAGCAUUUGAUGCACAUUUAUUAUAUAUGCAUACACACACACACGCACACACACGCACACACACACACACACACGCACUACUUCAUGCACUAAUAUUAUUAGAGCACUGCACUAAGUAGGGGCAAUGAAGUCACUACAGUAUUACAGCAAAAUGGAUAUGCACAGUUAUUAUGUAUGCACACACACACACACACACACACACACACACACACACACACACACACACACACAUGCACACACACACAUACCUGCACUAUGUAUGGAGUGUGUGUGUAAUAAGUGAUAAGUUCUGAAAUUUACACUUGAAGUUUAUUUUCCUUUGGCUGAUGAUGACCUGCAAGAAGCUCUUCUCCAAUCAACUGCCACCUACUCUGCACUACACAUCCUCAGGGUUACACAAAGGUCAAAGGCCAAGCUUUGGUGCCAAAAUGGAGGGCAAAAUCUGCCUCAAUGCACGUCCUAUAAUGCAACACAAACCCCCACAAAACCUGAUACGCUUGAGUAGCACGAUGACGAGGAUGUGACAGUCUUCCUCAGUAAACACUUACUACACUUUUAGGGAAAAAUGCAAUGCUAACGUUUGUGUUAAUGAGCUUUAAAACCAGCGUCACUGUGAAAGCAAUCUGGCCCUCUGACCAACUCACAACAUGCGCUUAACAAUCAAACGCAUUGAUCAAUCUAAAAUUUGUUAAACUUAUUUAUCAAUUAUAUGUCUUUCUUAAACGGAAGCUUUGAGAUGUAUUUUCUACUUAAAAUCAAAUAUAUUCUAUCAUUUUAAAUAACAAAUUUAUAAAUUUACAUCAUUCGUUAAUUGUAUCGAACAAACAACUUGACAUAAAUCAGCAUUUUCACACCUGUACAUUACAAUCAACUUUAAAAGAUAAGCCUCAACUAAACAAUUAAAUCAUAACUCAGGUGUAGAAUGAUCUAAAAUACGUAUUACAAUCAAUCUUAUUGAUAAAUCAGUCAUCACUGGGUCAGUCCAAGUUGGUUGCAUGAUUGUUUUUAAUUUUUCUAAUUGGUUUUGAGUGAUUACCUCUAUGUAUUGUUUUUGCAAAACCACCACUAUGGCGGCCAUAUUUUUGCCGUGGCACACAACAAAUUUUGGUUAUACAGCUGUUUACGGAAACCUCAAUAUCAUUUUGUAGAACAUUUUGCACAUUCUUGCUCCUUAGACUUAGAAAAUAAGUCCAAACGUAAAGCUCAUGAUCGCUCACAGUUCUACAUUUAGGUUCAAUUUAUAACGGGAAGGGUUUGAGUCUCAGUCUUAAUUUUUUUAGGGGGUACCUGGGUAAAUAUAGUAUGCAUGCAGAACAUUUCAGAUUUGAGACUUCUCUUAUUAAAAAAAAAAAUUAUGUGUGUGAGAAACUUUUUGUAAAAAUUCCCCUCACUUUCAGGUUGAAUAUCUCUGGUGGGGGACCAGAUACGAACCUGAAAUUUUCACAGAAAUAAGUCCUCUAUAGUAGCAUUCUGCUGUAAUUGUGAGUUUGAUGUUGGAGGUAAACUCUGCAGGACAGUGGACCUCGAGGGCCAGAUUUGAAGAACCAACCUGUUCUAUUAUGUUGGUAAUGGUGUACAGUUGGUAUGCAUGAAUAGAUUUGAUCCAAAAAUGGAUGUACACUGUUAAGUUUGGUGUUUUACAAAUGUAUAGAUUCAUAAACUGAGCUGUGUUUUACAAUGACAAUACAUCAGGAAAUAAAAAAAAAAUCAGGAAAAUAUAUUUAAAAAAAAGUCAAGCAACCUGCUUUAGACCACUUUAGAUGGACUGAUCCAUUUCUUAAAUGUGAGCUUCCGUUCUUCUUUUCCUAUCUAAACAUUGCUAUUUUCACCCACUACCCAGCUUACUUCAUUAUAUUAUAAGAAGCUAAUUCAGGUUUUCUUUAUAAAAGACAACUCUGAGGGGAAAUAUCACAACAAAUUUACAUCAAUUAACAGCAUUUUAAAUGUUGUGACGUACGUGCAAGCUACAAAAUAUAUAAAAUUCUUAUAAAAUGUGACCCAGCUUAUGUCAUUUUUGCCGUUGAAUCAACAAGCAUUUUUCUGAGAUAUAAACUUUAAUUUGCAUUUUUCUAAAUGACAACUAAUAACUAAGAAUCUUUCACAUAAAUCAGGAUCUUAUCAAUGUGCAAAGUAACAUUUCUUAAAAGAAAAACGGAACUUUACUGGUAUAUAAACUGAGAAGAAGAUCUGGCACAAAGUCAACAAUGAAAACAUCAAUCAAAGUCAAUAAAAUUAACCACAUUUUAGAGCUGAUGAUGUUUUAAAUAAUGGUGCUGAAAUAAUCAUAAGAAGUUACAUUAGAUUGUUAAAUUACGUGUUGGUAUUUAUAUUUUGAGUAUUAUUUUGGUGUAAAUGUUAGCUAACAGCCCAACCCAAAUAGCAUGACUGACUGGUUUGUAGUGAGUGUUUAGUUUUAACAGAUAAACGGGUUUUGACCAGAGUGCCGUCUCCACGUCUACAGCAUUACAGAACACUCUUCAAUCAGUUAGAGUUUAGUUUAGGAGGUUUAUUUGUGCAAUGUUUUAGCUUUUAUGUUGAAUGUAGGUUCAUGUGCAGUUGUUAAAGGAAGGUAACAAGAAAUUUCAAAAAAGUUCUUGCAUUCAGUUGUUAAUUUAUUGACCUUAUAUUGACUGUUGUAAUAAUAUGUAAAAUUUGUGGUGUGAUAAUCACUUGAAUUAACAGUAUCUACUCCCAGCUUCACAGUUCAAACAGGACGACAUUUAACCAGUUUUUGCUUAAAACGUAAAAAAAAAAACAACAACCAAAAAACAAUACAAUUAAUAAAAUAAAUACAGGAAUUUUACACAAAAGGUUUUUUCCAAAAUUCCAGCUCAAUCCACAUUUUAGGUUUGACAUCUCCAAUUUAAUCAAAGAUAAUAAUAAUAAUAAUAAUAAAAAUGGUUGGAAAACUUUUAGUGAAAAAGAUUUUCAUUUAGCUGUGUAUUUUGACUUCCUGUCAGUCAGGUGGCACCAAUUAUUAUUAUUUUUAUUUGAACCCCAACAACUUUCAUAUUGUAAUACUUUUAUCAAUUAAACAUAAUUCAAUUCACAAGCACAACAGAUCUUUUGAACCAAGGACCUGAACAAUGUACAAUAAGACAAUUUGGUUCUGUUUGACCAGAAUGAUUUUGUUUACAGAUUUGCUCCAGGAGAAAUUUUAAAAUAAUAAUAAUCAUUUUAAAAAAGGUCAAAUGGGUUAUUUAGAGGAAUCACACAGAGUCUUCAGUAGUUCAUCAAAACGAUGUAGCAGAUAUCACCUGACCACCAAACAUGGAGAUAUUGUUAAACUUCAGUCAAUCGCACGAUUAGUUGUGGUUUUCAGGAUGGAUUCACGAGCAGCAACUUUGCACAAACUUUGUGUUGCGUUUGUGUGUAAUGAACAAAAACGUUAAAAGCAAUACCAUACAUUAAGAUCAAAUUCAUUCGUUUAGAGUCAUGCCAGAUUAGACGCGUCAGUGGAUUUGUGAAGUCGGAAAAUCACUGUACUGUAAUUUUGAUAAAAAUUUUCUACUUUUUAGUCCAGACAAAUCAAUGCAUGUUUGUCACCUGAUGAUGUUUAUAGUGAUGUUUUAUGAAAUAAACUUUUCUCAACUGUGUCAAAA